AUGUCAGCUAUCAUUUUGCUUAUUCCUUUUCUCUUCAAUGUUGAUGUAUAUACUCCAUACUAUGAUUUUGCCUCCUUACUAUGUGUUUAAUAAUGGAUAUUUGAAACAAAUAGUUCCUUCAAAUUUUUACAAUCUUUAUUCUUAACUGUGGCUAUUAUGUUUGCUUAAUCUUUUACCUUAAAUGUAAAUAUUAUAUUAAAAAUUAGCUUAUAUUUUUUAAUGAGAAUAUUUUCUCUAAUUUUGAAAACCUUUAUUAAGCAUUUCUAUAUGCAAUCCUAACUUUUAUUUUUGCUAAUCCUAUUACUAUUAAAUAUUAAGAUAGAUUAGCUGCUUAAUAUGAAUCUUUUCCAUAUUCAGUUAUGAUGAUUGAUAAAGUUGGAUAAGCCUUAACUAUUUCUAAAUUAAUAGAAGCUUUUGUUUUUUAUAACAUUACUUUUACUAAUCUUUAAUUCAUUUUAUCUACCAUUUUUAUGAGUUAAAUACCAAUUUUAGUCUUAUUUAUUGGACUUAGAGAUUAUCAUUCAAAUUCAGCAUCAUAUUCUAAAAUUAAAGAUAUAUCUUUAGAAAAUUCAAUCAUAUAUCUUUUAACAUCUUUAAUAUUUUUAUUUUUAAGACAAACCAAUUUAAUCGUUUUAGAUCCUUAAACUUUAUAAUAUAUAUGCAUUAUACUAUUUGUAUUAUUAUCAAGUAUUAUUUUUAUUAUAUUAUCUAGCAUUUUAUUAUCAAAUCAAAAAAAUUAUUAAAUCUAAAAAUCAAUCCAAAAUUAAAACUUUAUGA